GACUAUGUGCUUCCGGUCCCGAGUGCCGUCGCUGGAGGGGGAUCGGGCUUCUCUGGCUCGCUAACUCUGCUGCUCUGGAGGAUUCACGCGCGGGGAAGGAUAAUCCACCUCGUCUUGAACAGCCCCGGUCCCCACUGUGACAGUCGCAGGACCUUCGGCGACGAGUGUGCGUGCGUAAAGUGGCGUGCCGCCUCACACCGGCUUACUGGGCCAGCCUGAGCGUGUGUUGGAAGGGUGUGUUGGACGGCAGGAGCUGAGGCUAAAGGCGCACGGGAUGCUGUCCCCAAAAGCCGUGCUUGUCUUAAAGAGUGAUAAGGUACAUUGGAUGAAAUCAUGACCAGGUGGGCACGAGUUACUACCACACAUAACAAGAGACCCUUGCCUGCAACAUCAUGGGAGAACAUGAAGAAGGGACCCUUUGAGGGAGCAAGCCAAAACCUACCAAAGCGUAAACAACUUGAAGCCAGUAGACUGUCCCUUAAAAAUGAUGCACCCCAAGCAAGACAUAAAAAGAACAAAAAGAAAAAAGAGUACUUAAAUGAAGAUGUGAAUGGAUUCAUGGAGUACCUAAGACAGAACUCACAGGUGGUUCACAAUGGGCAGAUGAUAGCAACAGACAGUCAGGAACUAAGGGACGAAAUUGUAGUUGCCUUAAAGAAAGACAGUCGACGGGAAGGAAGACGAUUAAAACGACAAGCAGCAAAGAAAAAUGCAAUGGUAUGUUUCCAUUGUAGAAAACCUGGCCAUGGAAUUGCAGAUUGCCCGGCUGCCCUUGAAAAUCAAGAUAUGGGCACAGGAAUAUGUUAUCGGUGUGGCUCCACAGAGCACGAAAUAACUAAGUGCAAGGCUAAAGUAGACCCAGCUCUUGGUGAAUUUCCUUUUGCAAAAUGUUUUGUUUGUGGGGAAAUGGGGCAUUUGUCCAGAUCUUGUCCAGAUAAUCCCAAAGGACUCUAUGCUGAUGGUGGUGGUUGCAAACUUUGUGGCUCUGUGGAACAUUUUAAGAAAGAUUGCCCUGAAAGUCAGAAUUCAGAUCGAAUGGUCACAGUUGGUCGCUGGGCAAAGGGAAUGAGUGCAGACUAUGAAGAAAUUUUGGAUACACCUAAACCACAGAAACCCAAAACAAAGAUACCUAAAGUUGUUAAUUUCUGAUAACAGUUAGUACUUCGGUUAGUUACCACCUCAUUGUUACUUUCCAAACUGAACCUACUUCACAUGUUAGAGGUGGGCUCCCUUGGAGCCAAGGCUAUAUGGCAGACAUCAGUAUGAUUCCCGCAUUCUGUCCGUCAGGGAGUACUGCUACCAUUGUUCGGAGAAAGUCACUGAAGAAAAGUACAAGGUGAUUAAGUUGGAUACUCUAAAAGAGCAAAUUUUUAACAGAACUUAGACAUAACUAAGUGAUUAUAUACCUGAUUGCAAAAAUCAUCUUUUUUUAAAAGCAAAAUUAUGUAUUAAUGUGAACCACUCCUAUACUGCUUUGUGGGUUUUUUUUUUUUCCUGCUGUGUAUUUGGAAAUGAAUUUUUGGUUAUAUAUUUUUUUGGUUUAAAGUAUCAAUUUACUAUUAUAAUAGAAAUUUAUAAAUUGCCA